AUGAAGGGUGGAAAGCUGGAGGCGGCCAUGAGUGAAUACCCAGCUGUUGGCAUUCCCAGAUGUGGUCCAGCAAGUCCGUUUAAAGGACACUUGAGUACUAAGAGUAAUGCUUUCUGCAUUGACUCCUCCCGAAGUCUAACUAACCAGUACCUGAUCAGAGAUCACAUGGUGUUUCACUAUAACAAAAUCCUUUCAGCCAAAGCAGCUGUAGACUGUUCCGUGCCCAAAAGUAGGUUGACCAGCAUCAAACUUGCUGACCAGCAAAGAAGAGAGAGACUGAAAAAGAAGGUAGCCAGGUGUGAAGGGGAACUGAGUGUGGGUAAAGCUGCCUCCCGAUCCAGCUCAAGAGAGAUUGGAAGGCUGCUGCCAUCCUUUUUUGGAAAGAGUUUCUUGGAAGCAGAAGACAAAGACGGUCUCUUCCCCGGUGCUCAGCAGGCACAGUACCUAUCAAGAGCGCUGUCUCCUUACGGCGAGCAUGGCUUGGUUCGCUCCAGUCCAGGAAAAUAUGCCAGAAAAGAUUGUCGGAAUAUAUUUAAUGCAUCUAACUCAAACUCAAGUGUCAGUACAUCAAGUACACCAAGAAAACACUCUGGACUUUCAUGCAGUUGCUCCACUGAUAGUUUUGUGAGCAUUCGUCAUUCCCAGAGGUGUCAAGGAAGCAACUCCAAAGUAUGCAGUGGGGAUCUUCUAGACAGGCACUCUGAAUUCUUUACUGAUAGCCGAAAACCUUUUACUCCACGCACCUUAAUAUCAGAUGCUAAAUCUUUCCUGUCAGAGUACAGGUAUUACACUCCUGCUCGAAGGAAAAGGAAAAAUCACUGCAAGCAGCAUGUGGAAGCUCAAACACAGACUGAUAUGAUCAGCUUUCCAUCUGCAGACAAAGCGUCUGAGAGAAAAGUUAUGACUGAACAGCAGAAGAUCACAUUGAAGGCUGAAAAUAGAAGAUACACUGUGGAUGUGCCUGAGAGAGGAAUAGCUGCUUUUCCAUACUCCUUCCUAAGAGAGACAUCAUUGUAUUCUCAGCAGUCUUCAGCAAGGAGGACUAUCGAGGCUGAAGAAGAGGAGCUUCUGUAUUUAUCUUUCAUUGAAGAUGUAACAAAUGAAAUUCUUAGCCUUGGGCUGUUUUCUAACAGAGUUCUGGAACAACUGUUUGAGUGUCAUAUACAAGAAAAUAAGAACCGUUUGGAUGAGAGCAAAAUGCGCCACUUGUUGGAUGUACUGAAAGCAGACCUCGGCUGCAGCCCGGGCAGCAGCGUGGAGCAAAUCCACGCAGGCUGGGAAGCCUUUGACUCGCUGGAUCUGCAAGAGUUUGAUAUGAUGGAAGAGCUUGAGUUUACCAGCAAAAGUCAGAGGCAAAGAGAAGCUACAAAAAGUGAAGAAUUCUUUGGGAACGUGGACUUAUCGUUAAAGGAACCAAACAAAUGUGAAUCACCAGUAUGCAGGGAAAGUUCAAAGGAGCCACAGAGCAAGGACGACUUUUCAGAAGAUGUCGCUGAAAUGAUGGAUGCUGGGACAGAGUAUGAUCCUUGUGCGAAAUCUGAAGAAGACCCAGACACUUCACCCUCAUGUGAGGCAACUUUAAACUUGAUUACUUGUGACACUGAUUUGGAAGCCAACAAGGAACUUGAUGAUCUUGAGGAAAGCUUUGCAGAGGCCCUUCAGAUCUCACGUGACUAUUCAGAAUAGUAGUGAAAACUUAGCUGUUAAAUAGGGAUAGAGCUAGUUCUGUGGAGAAUUGCCAUUUGUUAAAUAGUAGUAAAUUAUUUAUUUUCAAUUUGUUUAAAUACUGCUAAAAUCUCUCUAGCAGGAUAUUAUUAAUUGGGCAUUAAUUAAUCUCUGUAUUAAUGUAGACUCUAAAGGGUAAAGUGUCACUUAUCAAAAAAA